AUGGGAAGACCGCUCUUUUCUUCAUUCGAUUCUGCUUCGUACACAGACGCUGUUGGGGUGGGAACUGCUACAGAAACCGUCUUGCCGCCCGAGUAUCCCCUCUUGUCCGGUUCAGUCUUGGAUACAACGACUAUUACACCGCUCCCACACAACACAGAAGAAUCUGAGCACCCUACGUCUAAUCUCAGUCCUACUACCAUCUUAGACGACCUCGCGAACUCGCAGGCCAGCUUGCUCCACGCCACAGCCGUGUUCAACGAUACGUUUGCCCGACUUCGCAUCCUGCGUAACCGUCUCGCGAACAAUAUGCCUUCUCAGAACUCAGCAGCAGCUACAGCGGCUUCAGAGACUGGCAUGAAUCCAGGUCACAGCGCUAUCGUACUGUCCGACGCCGAUAGGAACCCCGACCGUAUCUCCACCACGCUCACCGAGUUGCGGUCGUCCCCACUAUGGCCCCAGACAGAGUCUUCACAGAGGCCCCAGGUUUCUCAACGGCAAGAGGAGCUGUUGCGCAUGAUGCGAGAAGUGCGCGACACGCGCCGGCGAAUUGAGCCAUUGGCGGCCAGAGUGGGCGAAGCAUCAGCGUCGCUCCUACCCCAGACUGCCCAGCGCUCUGCCGUGCCCAAUAUACAGCGCUUCGGUCCACGCCCGGAGCUGGCGCAGAGCAGACGAAUAGUCGAGUCCUACGUCCGGUCCCAGCACAUCGCCUCGCCUGGCGACUCGUCCACUACCCUCGGCAGGCGCGUCGCUGCCCGCGCUGCAGCAAACGCCCGCACUACAGAUCCAGACGCACGCAGGUCGGCUCUCGCAGACGAUGCGGCCUCACGUCUGAUAGAAAUCACGUCAAUCCUGCGACGUGACAUCACAUUACUCGCCGAGCACAGAGAAGAGAUACUCCGUUCACCUUGGGCCUCGCUCUCAGCCAGUGACCGAGGGAUGCGGGAGACCGCCAGCGCAUCAAGUUCAGGCAACAGGCUGGCUGCUGAGGUGGCAAGAACUAGGGAAAACCACUUGAGACAUCAGCGUAGUAUGCGCACCGGAGCGCCAUCGGGCAGUGUCAGUAACCGACGAAAUGCCCCAUCUCAGCCUCCUACAAACGCAUCUACCGAUGCACCAAGGCAGAUGCAGGAUACUGGCGUGGCUACACAGGCGAACCCUCUUCUGCACGAAGAGAUCCACUCACGACCGAGUUAUCGCGUUCGGCGGAGGCUGACUGCAGACGGGGAGGAGCACAUACAGAACAUCAUCAUGUCCGACUCGGACGAUGAUGAUCUUUUCAGCUGGUUUGUGCCGGCGGCGGAGCGGGAGCAGCGACGCCGAAUACCUAUCAGUCACCCUCUUGAAGAGACAGUUAAUGUCGCGCCUUCGAACCUGGACGGCUACUCUAUUCGUCCCACGAGGAGGUAUCUUAGUGAGAUAAUUGAACGUGGGCGCGCUGAAGCCUCCAGGGCUGCAGAUAACUCUCGGCCGCGCAGAAGGGGUUGGGCUCGCCUUGACCGUGAUGGUAAUGAAAUCCCCACAGACGAAGAGGAGGAGUACGAGCGCAACCGUGCCCAGAUGCGUAGUCGCGCGCUUGCAUUGUCGUCGAGACAAGCAGUGAGACGGACGGAGCUUGCCUUAGCUGAGCUGCCUUUGCCCCCGCCCCCGCCACUUUCACUUCAGCCGACCACACAGACUCUUUUCUGGCAAUCGCCUGGCGACUCGAACGUCCGCGUCCGCUUGGGGCCCUUCCCUGGGACAGAUAUGGAUGGCAAUGUUGUUCCUGACAGCGACGACAGCGCGACAUUGCGCGAGGGGCCUUCGCAACCGCGGUACUUUGGCUCGGCGGUGCCGUUUACUCCUAGCCCUCUCCCGCUGCCUCUUGUCGAGGUGUCGUCAUCUGUUUUGCAGCCCAAACGUCCUCACGUCACUGGGCCCGUCGAAGGGGUCAGGAAACGAAGUCAAGCAUGGGUUGCUGGACGCUGA